AUGGAGGAGGGCAGCCCCCCCAGACACCACCCUCUACUCCCCACAGAGACACAGGGAGGAGGGCAGCCCCCCAGACACCACCCUCUACUCCCCACAGAGACACAGGGAGGAGGGCAGCCCUCCCCAGACACCACCCUCUACUACCCACAGAGACACAGGGAGGAGGGCAGCCCCCCCAGACACCACCCUCUACUCCCCACAGAGACACAUGGAGGAGGGCAGCCCCCCCAGACACCACCCUCUACUCCCCACAGAGACACAGUGAGGGGGCAGCCCCCCACAGACACCCCCUCUACUCCCCACAGAGACACAGGGAGGAGGGCAGCCCCCCCAGACACCGCCCUCUACUCCCCACAGAGACACAGGGAGGAGGGCAGCCCCCCAGGACACCAUGCUCUACUCCCCAAAGAGACACAGGAGAGGGAGCACCACCCUCCCCCCACCAGACACCACCCUCUACUCCCCACAGAGACACAGAGGAGGGAACCCCCCACCAGCCACCACCCUCUACUCCCCACAGAGACACAGAGAGGGGAGCAGCCCCCCACCAGACACGACCCUCUACUCCCCACAGAGACACAGGGAGGGGGCAGCCCCCCCCAGAUACCACCCUCUACUCCCCACAGAGACACAGGGAGGAGGGCAGCCGCCCCCACCAGACACCGCCUUCUACUCCCCACAGAGACACAUGGAGGAGGGCAGCCCCCCAGACACCACCCUCUACUCCCCACAGAGACACAGGGAGGAUGGCAGCCCCCCCCCCAGACACCACCCUCUACUCCCCACAGAGAGACAGGGAGGAGGGCAUCCCCCCCAGACACCGCCUUCUACUCCCCACAGAGACACAUGGAGGAGGGCAGCCCUCCCCAGACACCACCCUCUACUCCCCACAGAGACACAGUGAGGGGGCAGCCCCCCCCAGACACCGCCCUCUACUCCCCACAGAGACACAGGGAGGAGGGCAACCCCCCCCCAGACACCACCUUCUACUCCCCACAGAGACACAUGGAGGAGGGCAGCCCCCCAGACACCACCCUCUACUCCCCACAGAGACACAGGGAGGAGGGCAGCCCCCCCAGACACCACCCUCUACUCCCCACAGAGACACAGGGAGGAGGGCAGCCCCCCCCAGACACCACCCUCUACUACCCACAGAGACACAGGGAGGAGGGCAGCCCCCCAGACACCACCCUCUACUCCCCACAGAGACACAUGGAGGAGGGCAGCCCUCCCCAGACACCACCCUCUACUCCCCACAGAGACACAGGAGGGGGCAGCCCCCCACAGACACCGCCCUCUACUCCCCACAGAGACACAGGGAGGAGGGCAGCCCCCCAGACACCACCCUCUACUCCCCACAGAGACACAGGGAGGAGGGCAGCCCCCCCCAGGACACCAUGCUCUACUCCCCAAAGAGACACAGAGAGGGGAGCAGCCCCCAGACACCACCCCCCCCACCAGACACAGACACCACCCUCUACUCCCCACAGAGACACAGGGAGGGGAACCCCCCAGACACCCCCCCUCCCCCAGCCACCACCACCCUCUACUCCCCACAGAGACACAGAGAGGGAGCAGCCACCCCCCACCAGACACGACCCUCUACUCCCCACAGAGAGACAGGGAGGGAGCAGCCCCGCCCCUCCCUCCAGCCACCACCCUCUACUCCCCACAGAGACACAGGGAGGAGGGCAGCCCCCCCCAGACACCACCCUCUACCCCCACAGAGACACAGGGAGGGGGCAGCCCCCCCCCCAAGACACCGCCCUCUACUCCCCACAGAGACACAGGGAGGAGGGCAGCCCCCCAGACACCACCCUCUACUCCCCACAGAGACACAGGCAGGAGGGCAGCCCCCCCCCCAGACACCGCCCUCUACUCCCCACAGAGACACAGGGAGGAGGGCAGCCCCCAGACACCACCCUCUACUCUCCACAGAGACACAGGGAUGGGGGCAGCCCCCCCAGACACCACCCUCUACUCCCCACAGAGACACAGGGAGGGUAG